AUACUUAAAGAGACACUUAUCCGUUUACUACUAAUGUGACUAGUGCAGAAGCUAGUCCGCUUAAAGUGAAUAUAUAAUGGUAAUAAUGGCCAUAUUUCCCAUGUUUUAAUUUAACGUCAACGCAGCAGCGGUCGCAUCUGAGAAGCUGGAGAGGAAGUUUCACACGGUGCUGUUAUCUGGAAGUUGUUGCUAAAAAGUCAAGUAACCUGAGAAACAUUGAUCCUCAGGUAGUCUUAGUGGAAGGCAGUUUUUAACUCUCACUAACCUUUCCGCCGCACUCGUCCUGCCGACCUGAGCCAGGGAUGACCACCGAGAAGGCCGACUACACUGCCGCGGAGGUGGGCUCCUCUCAGCCCGUCCUCGGUCAUCCUAGUUUCCCUGCCGCGUUUGGCGUCAGCGCACCGGGCCCGGAGGUGCACGUCGGCGGCCUCGCACCCGGCGGCCUGCCUUACCCUCCGCCGGUCGCCUUCGCACCGAUGGUCCCCGGACCUUACGGGAUGACCGUGAAGCCUCAAGAUGGAAGCUCGGGCUAUGUCAACCCCAAUUACCCCGGUUAUCCGGAAAAUGCGCCGCCGUACUCCCCACCUGGCCCGGGCUUUGUUGACGCCUACAGCGGUGAUCCCUACCACAGUGAGGAGGCUCCUCCGCCCUUCAACGAGAAUCAAGACUUUGAUUUUGGAUUAGACAACAAGAGCAUACGAAGGGCUUUUAUUAGAAAGGUGUACCUGGUGUUGACGGCUCAGCUCAUGGUGACGUUCGCGUUCGUGGCCGUCUUCACCUUCGUGCGUGAGGUGAAGUUUUUCGUCCAGCAAAACACCUGGACGUACUUCUUGUCCUACGGCGUGUUCUUCGUGUCGGUCUGUGUGAUCAGCUGCUGCGGAAACCUCCGCCGGAGGCACCCCUGGAACCUGGUGGCGCUGUCCAUCCUGACUCUCAGCAUGUCCUACAUGGUGGGAACCAUCGCCAGUUUCCACAGAACCGAGUCUGUGAUCAUGGCAGUGGGAAUCACCGCGGUCGUGUGUUUCACCGUGGUCAUUUUCUCCAUGCAGACCAAGUACGACUUCACCUCCUGUUACGGCGUGCUUUUCGUUUGUUUGCUGGUCCUGAUCAUCUUCAGCAUCCUCUGCAUCUUCUUUCAAAACAUCAUCCUGCAGAUUGUCUACGCAGGACUGGGAGCUUUACUCUUCACCGCAUUCUUGGCGGUGGACACCCAGCUGCUGCUUGGCAACAAGGAGCUGGCUCUGAGCCCCGAGGAAUACGUCUUCGCUGCUCUCAACCUGUACACGGACAUCAUCAACAUCUUCCUCUACAUUCUUGCUAUUGUCGGACGAGCCAGAGGCUGAGCGGGAGGGGGAUCUCGGAUGGUGAUUCAGACAGAACAUUGUUCGGAGUUUCCGUAAUCAAAGCUUUCCACUCGCUCUCUAGUGUGUAUUUAUCAUAUGGUUAAAAGCCUGCUUUUGAUUGAUCCGAUGUAAAACGCUUCUCUCUAAUUGAUACCGUCAGUAGCUGUUUUGUUGAGAGCUGAAGAUCUCUUUGUAUAACCGGUUAUAUUAAAAUCAUUUAUUUGUUUCUGAGGAUCCGUCUCACGCCGUAGGAAAGCAACCAGUGGUGUGGAGAUAUGACGAAACGGUUCCACCUGCAGAGUAUUUACCGAGGCUUUCAAAGCGCUUCAUGAGGAGUUUUAAUGGGUCGGUGUGUUUGACGCAGAGUUUUUAUCUGGAACGGCUGUAUGAUAAUGUCUGAGAUGACUUGUUCACCAACCAAAGACCAUAAAUCAGUAAGUGUAGAAUACUGAUAGAUUUUUUUUCUAAGUGUAAGCAGGAUUGAGAAGGGCUAAAAAUGGCAGUGGGGAGAAUCACGAGAGCCUCGUCUGGUACAACAGGAAAGAAACUGAAAGCCCCUGCUAAAAAAUGUUAUUGAACAGUGACUACGAAGUGGUUGUUGUGGUAUAUUUCUUCUGUUUUCCCGUUUUUAAAUUCUGCACUGUUUUCACUCUGACGCUCUAAAGUCUUAAGUACUUUUGUAAACCUGAUGUCUGUUCUUUGUAUGGAAUAAAAUUCAAAAAAUGCA